AUGGCAGUGGCCCGAUUCCGCAUCGGUGAUGGUCUAGUGUCGGCAUCUGGCUGGGGAUUUGGUGUGAAGGCUUACGUGUUGCUUUGUAAUGAGAUGGGCGUGAACGGCAAAACGGAGCGCUUCCUCCAUCGUCCCUUGCAGCCCGGGGACGUCGUCUCCGUGGAUGCCAGGCAGGUGCGAGCCGUACAGCUCCGGCGGCAGUCGGGGCAGCGAGAGGAAGAUCCUCUGCCACGAGGCUCGGAGCCGACGAGGGCGAAAGGCCGGAGCUUGCGGCUCCUGGAGCACCUUCAUCUGAGAGAGGGCCUGUCGCUCAACGAGGCCCGUGGCGCUAUCCGCGAGGGCCGGGUUCAAAUCGGCGGUGUGCCCGUCGGAGAUCCGGCCAGAUGGAUCCCGGAUCCCGCAGCGGUGCAGCUGCUGGCGCCGCGGCCACCAGCUGCAGAGGCCGAAGAUGCCGCCACUCUUGGCGUGCGCGUCGUGCAGGAGGAGCGCGACUUUGCCGUGGUCUGGAAGCCGGCCGGGAUCAAUGUGUCUGACUGCGCUGCCAUGCUGCCAAAGAUGGGAGUUCUCAGUGAUGAAGGAUAUCCCAAAGCAGCAUCGCGUGUGGAGCAGUCCCUUUCUGGACUCGUUCUGGUUGCCAAGUCGUCGAGCGGCUGGCGCCUGCUGUGCCGAGCCCUGGGCGAAGACCAGGAGGAGCCAAGGGAAUCCCAAGCUGCCUGGUGCCACGUGCUGGUUGUGGUCGAUUGU